AUGAGCUACGCUGGGGAGGGCGAGGGGGAAGGGGACGGCGCGGGGUCCGGCGCGGCGGGGCGGACGGCGUUCCGCGUGGCGGAGAAGCGGUUCAAGCUGGUGAAGGAGGACACGGGGCAGCGCCGCCGACGGCGCGGGCAGCAGCGCGGGCAGGGCUCGGACGCGGCGGCGGGCGAGGGCGGCAGCGCAGAGGGCGCGCUGGCGGGCGCGGUGGACUUCCGCGCGCUGGAGCAGCGCUUCCUGGCCACGGGGCACCUAGCUGACACCGCUGCCCCUGCUGCUACAGCCGCGGCGGGUGCUUCUGGUGGUGCUGGUUCUGCUACAGCCGGUGGUGAUGGGGCGGCAUGUGUGGCGGCGGUGGCUGUGAGCAGCAUCGUGCGAGAGGAGGGCGCGGCGGGGCUACCGUGCCCCGUGUACACUGUGCAGGGCAGGCCCGGGUUCUUCUUCCUACCUGGAGCACUGACGGUGCAGCAGCAGGCGCAGCUGAUUCAGGAGGCAGUGCAGGGGAGCGUAGAGCCGCCCAACCGCACCAACCACACCGCUGCCUUGGGUGCCAUCCACGGCCUCUGGCCCGCCUUCGCCCUCUCCUGUGCUGCUGCCUCUGAUCAAGGCAGCACGGAGCAUGGUGGUGGUGAUGAUGGCGGUGGUGGUGGUGGUGGUGGCAGCAGCAGCAGGAGGCGUGUCAGUGCUGUGUUGCGGCCGUGUGUGGGAGGAGGAGAGGCAGAGGGGGUUCAGUGUGCGGGCAAGAGGGGCAUGGGUGGGGAGGCGAGCGAAUGGGGUGGGGAGAAUGGGUGGCGGGGUAUUGCAGGCGAGGGGAGGUGUGUGGGAGGGGAGGCGGUGGGUGGGGGGCGUGAAAGGGGGGUGAACGCGGAGUGGUUGGUAGGCAAGCUGCGGUGGGCCACACUUGGCGUGCAGUUCGACUGGAGCACGCGCGCCUAUGACCCCUCGCUGCCCUUCCGCCCCUUCCCAACCUUUCUCGCGCACCUCGCCUCACGCCUGGCGGCACCUGCCAUGCCCUCUGCGCAUGCCACCUUCUCCCCUGAAGCCGCCAUCGUCAACUUCUACCAUCCAGGGGACAUGCUGGGCGGGCAUGUGGACGACAUGGAGGCGGACUGGACCAAGCCCAUCGUCAGCAUCAGUCUUGGGUGCAAGGCGGUGUUUCUGCUGGGAGGGCGCACGCGCGACGAGGCACCCAUGGCGGUGGUGGUGCGCAGUGGCGAUGUGCUGCUCAUGGCGGGGCCCUGCCGGGAGUGCUUCCAUGGAAUCCCGCGUAUCUAUUCUGACCCGCAUGAGGCGGACAUCCCUGCUGAGCUCCUCGCUCCGCUCUCUGCUGGGGGUCUGCUCCCUGCUCCCAUGCGCGCACUGCUGCCCACUCUGCGAAUCAACAUCAAUGUGCGCCAGGUGUACUGA